CUGCCCCUCCGAGCGAGCGCCGGAGAGAAGUUGUUUCGUGACCUGUUGGUCCCUGUGCACGCCAGGCUGGGAGCGGAGCGAGGGAUGCCCUCCCUGCAUCGCAGCCCGGGCGGGGGGCUGGGGGGCUGGGGCGUCAGGGUUCCCCGAAUUCGCUGACAGCCUCUGGGGACGCGCGCAUCCUCCAGCCCAUUUAUAAGGAGCCCGGUGCUGUCACUGGACCCGGAGGCAGCAGCAUUUCUGCUUUCGAGGUGUGAAACCAUUGCAGGGACCCCUGUCUUCAUUUCCUUCAAAAAAUCCGUUGCAAGCAGCCGACGGAAAUUGUAGAAUCGAACAAGAUGAGGCAAGUGGCCGCCUGAGGGUACGAAAUCAGCGGUGUUGCCUGGUUUUUCUCACCGAUUUUCACUUGGAUUAGAGGCGGACAUGGGUGUGUUUGGGUAUCCAAAUGCAUUUUAAGGUUGGCUACAUGCAAACUGCAUUCACAGAGCUACGUUUGGGUUUUUCUGACCCUGUUUUGUUUUUCUCUCUCUACCAUUUUGUAGAUUUCCCUCCUCACUAUGUGUUGGACUUGGCCAGAUGGUGGCUACAGUGGCAGUUCUCUGGGUGGGAAAGGCGCUCAGAGUAGUCAAGUUUCCUGACUUUGACAGUAAUGUACCUCGAAAGACGUUUCCACUACCUCUACUAUAUUUUGGGAACCAAAUCACAGGACUGUUCAGCACAAAGAAACUGAACUUGCCAAUGUUUACAGUUCUGAGAAGGUUCUCCAUCCUGUUUACAAUGUUUGCUGAAGGAGUGUUACUCAAGAAGACUUUUUCUUGGAGUAUUAAGAUGACUGUAUUUGCAAUGAUUAUUGGAGCCUUUGUAGCUGCCAGCUCUGACUUGGCAUUUGACCUGGAAGGAUAUGUUUUUAUUCUGAUAAACGAUGUCCUGACAGCAGCAAAUGGCGCAUACGUGAAACAAAAAUUAGAUUCAAAGGAGCUGGGAAAAUAUGGUCUGCUCUAUUACAAUGCACUGUUCAUGAUUCUGCCCACCCUGGCCAUUGCGUAUCUUACAGGAGAUGCACAAAAGGCAAUGGAUUUUGAAGGCUGGGCUGAUACCCUCUUUCUUCUGCAGUUCACCCUCUCUUGUGUGAUGGGGUUUAUCUUGAUGUACGCCACAGUACUCUGCACUCAGUAUAAUUCUGCUCUUACAACUACAAUAGUUGGCUGUAUUAAGAAUAUAUUAAUAACUUAUAUUGGAAUGGUCUUUGGUGGAGAUUAUAUUUUCACGUGGACAAACUUCAUUGGCUUAAAUAUCAGUAUUGCUGGGAGCCUGGUGUAUUCCUACAUCAUUUUCUCUGAAGAGCAGCUGAGCAAACAGUCGGAGGCCAGUAACAAGCUGGACAUUAAGGGGAAAGGAGCAGUAUGACCAGAAGAUUGCAUCAGCGACGUAGGCCUAAGACUUUGAUCAGCUUGGAGCACUGGCAAUUCUUACACAGAUACUGGGGUGUCUUGAUUAUGGAGAAAAUACCAUUCCUUUGCACUUAUACAAUCUUAGGAUUGAUUGCUGCCUUUUAACAUUUUAUGAGAGAAACUUAUAAUUGACUCUAUUUUAAUUAUGCCAUUUGAAUUAAUUUAUAUCAGACUGGAAAAUGCACCAGGCUUUUUAAUUUAUUUUUCUUCUGUGCCGACAGUGAACCAUCGGUGUUUGGAAAAACUGUUGUAUUCCAUACUUUGAUAUCCAGGUGUCCCUGAGAGCUGCAUCUAUAAAGUGCUCCAACUGGAGCCUCCUCGUUCAAGUCAUUGCUGCGUCUGGAGGCAGGUCUAGCCUUCCUUCUGCUGGAAAUGCAGUGGAGUAUCGGCAGUGUCUCUUCUUUGAAUUACAUUUCUUAACGAUUGCAUUUUCUUCAUAAGGAUAUCGUUGCAUUUGCCAAAGACUACAACUUUGGCUCUAAAAAAAUAGGCGGGGCUUAGAGGUGUAUCACUUUGCAUGUUGGCUUUCCUGAGAACUCCUGGGAUGAGCAGAGUGCAUUCCUUGAAAACUUGCUGUUCCCUCUUGGUUGUGUGGGAUGGGGAUAAUGAAGUGCUGGAGGAAGCACUUAUCUAUCUCUCUGAUUCAUUCAUUCACCUAAAAUGUAGUGAGUGUGUAACAUGUGCCAGGCCUGAUCCUAAGUGCUGGGGAUACAGAGAGGUUUUCGGAAGUCGUUGAAUGAGCUCACUAUGGCUGUAGUGACUGAGUGAAGUAAGACAGAGAACUCAGCUUGAUCCAUCCAUUCAGCAGAUGUGACUAUGAACAAGUCGUAGAACUUUAUCCAGUUCUUAGACACUGCAAUCUAUAUGUGGGGUUGGAAGCACCCGCCCCACCUCACCCACAGCGGUGUGAAACCAAACGCUGAGGUGUGAGAUCAGAGGCAUGUGAAGAGGUGCAUUUUGUGAACCAUGCAGCCCGGCCCUUCCCUGAGUGAGAAUGGUAGGCAGGCAGGCAAGGUGACCCCUCUGUAUUUCCCCGUGCAUCCCUUCUCCGGGUUUAGCUGCUACUCUUUUUACCCCUCUUUAAACCAAUAUGACUGGGUCUUACAUUCCUGAAUGCAUUGGCUUGAGGGGAAAGGCUGGUUAGAUGUUUGUGUAUUGUUGAGGGCUGGUUGGUGUUAGAGCUGUCACCUUUCUCCUGACGGCAUGAGCACACCUCUCUCCUGUGGUCACUCCCACCUACGUUCUGGUCUUUGUCCUUUCACUGCCUUACUGAGGACACCAGCUUCUCUCAAGCCCAAUGCUGCAUUCUGGGAGAACAGCUGUGAAUGGACAUUGAAUUGCCUCUUUGGGUGGGCCAGGGUGUUAAAUUCAACACAGUCCUGUGACUUGGUUCAGACACAUCUGCUGACUUUGGGGAGGAGUGUUUGCUCAGCCAGUUGUGCAGUGAGUAUGCAGGAGGCUGGGUGCCUGGUGCACACACUACUUUUAGUUCAUUGGGUGUGGGAUCCACUGGGCUCCUUUGAUCUAAACAAUGAAUAAUUUGGUGUCUCAAUAUGGCACCUGGAAGGUUUUGAUCUAUUUAUAUUUUUGAUGGAGGUCAUAUUUAUGCUUUUCCCUUAUUUUGCUUUGUCUUUAUUAAAGCCUGGCCAGUGGUGCUGGGUCCCCAGAAUUAGCCUCACAGCCAACUUCCAAGUUAUAAGCUCCAUGUAAGAGUUCCUAAGGCUCACUCCCCUGCCCCCCCCCCCCAUAUCAGCUGAUCUGAGGAAAUUCUGGUGGGAGCAUAGGACAUUACCUUGUGUAAGAUGGUUCUUACUGUCCCUGUUUUACCAAUGAGAAAA